ACCGACGAUGAGGACCGUGAAGCCAAAAAAAGGCCCUCAGCAUUGUUGUAAUAGCCCCAAGGCCCUGAACGAUAGCUCACGCUUCGUCUCGCCCUUAUUGAAGAAGUCCUGGCAGCCGACAUAGGUGGGUCGCUUCACGAUGGAUCCCCAAAUUACACACGACUCGGCAAUGCCGAAAGACGACAUGAAUUCGGUUACCUACCUCGCGAAACCAUCAGGUGCCUGCUGUCUCGAAGGCAACAUCCACUCCGGAAACCCAAGAGGAGAUUUCGUCAACAUUGCCGACGUAGAAACGUACGUCACCAAACCUCCAGACGCCAAGGCAAACGGACACAUCUUACUAUAUUUCCCCGAUGUAUGGGGCGUGUUUCCAAACGGACUUCUCAUCAUGGACGGCUUCGCAGAUGCCGGAUACCUUGUGGUCGGGCUCGAUUACUUUCGUGGAGACCCGGUGUGGAAGCAUAGGAAGCAUCGGCUGGAUAAAGAGACGGAGCCAGACUUUGACUACGAGGCUUGGAAGAAGAAGCACACCGCGUUUGCGAAUGAAGCAGUGCCAAAAUGGGUCGAUGCCGUGCGGCAGCAAUAUGGCAAGUCGGAUACCAAGUACGCCUACGUGGGAUACUGUUUCGGUGCGCCGUACGUCUGCGACCAACUCGCCUCGUCGCUCUGCGCUGCAGGCGCAUUUGCGCAUCCGGCUUUCCUGAAGGAACACCAUUUCAAGAAUCUGCAGAGGCCUCUCUUCAUGAGCUGCGCGGAGGUGGAUCAUACGUUCGAUACGGAGAGCCGGAAUAAGGCAGUGGAUAUUCUGAUCGAGGGGAAGAAGACAUAUCAUUUGCAGCUGUUCAGCGGGGUAUCGCAUGGCUUCGCGUUGAGGGGAAACAUGGAGGAUGCGUAUGAGAGAUGGACGCAAUUCGGCACAUCGCCGCCGGACAUGGAGAGACAUCCAGUCGGCGGCAAUCUCACGUGGAGUCGCUCAAAUAGCUGGCCGAAAUCUUUAGGAUGUUGCAUGGGACCGCCGAAAGCAUUCGACUUCACGGGCGAAGUGGCCAUCGUGACGGGUGCUGGAUCGCGAAUGCCUGGCGAAGUCGGCAAUGGCCGUGCAACCGCUAUCCUCCUCGCGCGGCAAGGUGCCAAAGUCGCGCUGCUGGACUACAACGCAGACUGGGCGGCUGAAACAAAACGCAUGAUCGAUACCGAGGGAGGGAUUUCGGAAGUCAUCCAGACGGACGUUACGAAUGAGGAAUCGUGUAGAAGAGCCGUGGAGAGAACGGUGCAGUUGUGGGGAACCGUGCAUAUACUUGUUAACAUCGUCGGCGUUGGCGGCGCAAUGGGCGAUGCAACGAAACUCGACCUCGACGCCUGGGACCGCGACUUCCGCAUCAACGUCACGAGCAUGGUCCUCAUGGCCCGCCACGUCAUUCCUGUCUUCCGGAAAACCGGCCGAGGCAGCAUUGUGAAUAUGUCGUCCGUCUCUGGUCUGCUCGGCGGUAAUCCCUCGCUUCUCUAUCCGACGAGUAAAGGCGCGAUCGUUCAGAUGACAAGAGCGAUGGCCGCCCAGCACGGCAAAGAGGGCAUCCGGGUGAACUGCGUGACGCCGGGAAUGGUGUACACCCCGAUGGCUAUGAGGGGGAAGCCGAUGAGCGAGGAGUUGAGGAGGCAGAGGGUUGGGCAGAAUUUGAUGGGGAUUGAGGGGACGGGGUGGGAUGUUGGGUAUGCGAUCUUGUUCCUGUGCAGUAAGGAAGCGAAGUGGAUUACUGGGGUGAUAUUGCCUGUUGAUGCUGGGGUAAGUCAUGGAUCGGAGGUGGAUGUAAUGAGAUGA